CAGAAUAUAUAGAAAGAAGUUGACACAGAUCUCCACGGGAGUUGCAGAACCUUUAUUCCUCUACGAUGGAUCCAAGCUCCGCACCCAAUCGAUACACUCCACCUAACCAAAGGAACCGUUCUUCGAACCGGAGGAGAUCAAGAGGAAGCUCCAAUAGCAACGAGGGCGAGAGAAGUCAGCCUGAUGCGGCUGGUUUUCACAGGGAAAACUCUUCUCCAAGGAUUAUAUCUCUAGAGGGUUGCUCUACGAGUGAAGCUUCUCAGCUUCUGAGUGAUCGUUGGGCAGCUGCAAUGCAUCAGUACAAUGACCCUAGGGUGUUGACUUGUCUGAAAGACCGGUGAUGUAUUAUGGCGGAGAUGUGUGGGGUAAACCGCCUCAAAAGGUACUGGAUUCAGCAAACAACACAUUACCUCCACCAAAGUUGCCAACUGAUAACAGAACCGAACAGUGUCGAGGAUUGGCUGAUUCCAAGGAUCUCAAGCUCUAACUAUAGAACGUUUUUUUUCGUCGUGGGAAGGAGCACAUUACCAUCAUACCAUCAUACUCUUAUGCAUUUGCUAUCUAGCCAAACAAUAUGUUUUCACCAGUGUCUAGCUAUCUAAAAGUAAUGUUGAAUUUUUUUUUUUUUUUGAUAAGUAAUUUUGAUAUUCUUUUUGCCAAAUGUUGGUAAGAGAAGUUUUGAUAUUCUUUGAUCACAGAGAUCUCUUAAUCAUAUGCAUUAACAGUUUUUUUAAUGAAUGUGGCAAA